AUGGUAAGAUUGGCCGUCAGGGAAGCACUUACAAAUCUCGUAUGGGCAAAGGUGACAUCUCUCUGCGAUGUUAAAGCAAGCCGGAAUUGGAUGUAUGCUGCCAAGCUUGAUGGAGAAGGAGUAGAUAUGUAUGAUGCAGCUACCGCUCUUGCAGAAUCGAUGAUCAAAUUAGGUAUUGCAAUAGACGGUGGGAAGGACAGUCUUUCAAUGGCUGCUCAUGCCUCAGGCGAGGUUGUCAAGGCCCCUGGAAGUCUUGUAAUCAGUGUGUACGUCACAUGCCCAGAUAUAACAAUGACGGUGACUCCAGACUUGAAGCUCGGAGAUGAUGGUGUUUUGCUACACAUUGAUCUAGCGAAAGGGAAAAGACGGUUGGGUGGUUCUGCUCUUGCCCAGGUUUUUGACCAGGUUGGCAAAGAAUGCCCUGAUCUUGAUGAUGUUCCUUAUCUCAAAAGCAUCUUUGAGUCCAUUCAAGAACUCCUUUCAGAAGGCCUGAUUUCAGCAGGCCAUGACAUCAGUGAUGGUGGGUUUAUUGUUUGCAUUCUUGAGAUGGCAUUUGCUGGAAACUGUGGUUUGCAGUUGGACUUGGCAUCACGGGGAAAAAGCCCCUUCCAAGCUCUUUUUGCAGAAGAGCUUGGUCUCGUUCUUGAGGUUAACAAACGAGACGUCGAUACAGUCAUGGAAAAACUUCAUGCAGCCCACGUUUCUGCUGACAUCAUUGGACAUGUCACCAAAUCACCCAUCAUAGAAAUACAUGUCGAUGGAUUGCCUCAGUUGAAGGAGGAGACCACCCAUCUUCGGGACAUGUGGGAGGAUACUAGUUUUCAGCUUGAGGGCUUUCAAAGAUUAGCUUCUUGUGUGGAUUUGGAGAAAACCGGGUUGAAGAGUCGGCAUGUGCCUUCUUGGGUGCUGUCCUUUACCCCUCAAUUUACAGACGAGAAAUGGAUGGCUGUGUCUUCAAAGCCGAAGGUGGCCGUGAUUCGUGAGGAAGGGAGCAAUGGGGACAGAGAAAUGUCGGCUGCACUUUAUGCUGCUGGUUUCGAGCCUUGGGAUAUUGCAAUGUCGGACCUUCUAAGCGGGCGUGCUUCUCUUCGUGAGUUCCGUGGGUUGGUAUUUGUUGGAGGUUUCAGCUAUGCAGAUGUACUGGAUUCUGCUAAAGGUUGGUCUGCUUCCAUAAGAUUCAAUAAGAUGCUCCUGAAUGAAUUCCAAGAGUUCUACAAUCGGCCCAACACUUUCAGCCUCGGGGUCUGCAAUGGGUGUCAGCUCAUGGCACUGUUGGGAUGGGUGCCUGGAUCGCAGGUCGGGGGUGUCCUUGGUGCAGGUGGGGACAUGUCUCAACCAAGGUUCGUUCACAAUGAAUCAGGCCGCUUCGAGUGCCGUUUUACAAGUGUGACAAUAGGAGAAUCCCCAUCAAUAAUGUUCAAAGGCAUGGAGGGUAGCACGUUGGGUGUGUGGGCUGCUCAUGGUGAGGGGAGGGCGUAUUUCCCUGAAAAGGGCGUUUUGGAUCGCGUUCUGGAGUCAAAUUUGGCACCGUUGAGAUAUUGUGAUGAUGAUGGGAGUGUGACAGAGGUUUACCCAUUCAAUCCAAAUGGUUCGCCGUUGGGGGUGGCAAGCCUUUGUUCGCCAGAUGGGAGGCAUCUAGCCAUGAUGCCUCAUCCGGAGCGUUGUUUCAUGAUGUGGCAGUUUCCGUGGUAUCCAAAGGAAUGAGAUGUUGAUAGGAAGGGCCCCAGUCCAUGGUUGAGGAUGUUCCAGAAUGCUCGCGAAUGGUGCCAGUGAAAGAGAGUUGUUCAAAUUGUUAGGGAAGGAGACUAGACUACAGACUUGGGAUCAAUCAAACACCUUAUGGUUGAAAGUUUCUAAGGUAGAUGGGAUUCUGGUAUUCUCGACUUUACUUGUUUGUGUAAAGCGGGAUUAUAUGAUAUUCGAUCUGAUGAUAUGCAUGCUGUACCUUUUUUUUUUUUGAAGAGCUAUGAAUAAUUUUAAUUAGAUAACGGCUUGUCAACUGACAAAAAAUACAAUAGAAAGGAGAUUAAGGAUGUAAUGUAGAGCGAGCUACAUUGAUGUCAACAUGAAGAAUAUUGAUAGCCCAUUCUAAUA